GGAGCAUGUGGCCCUAUAGAGGGAAGAAGCAUUAAAGAACGGCGCUGCGUCCUCGCGCUCCCUGCAGCAUGGACCGCGGCACGCGCCCGGGGGUCGGGGUGGGCGUGGUCGUGACCAGCCCCGCCCACCCAGGCUGCGUCUUAUUAGGCAAGCGGAGGAGCCGCGUCGGUCGAGGAGCUUUUCAGCUUCCUGGAGGACACUUGGAAUUCGGUGAAAGCUUUACAAAAUGUGCCGAAAGAGAGACCCUGGAAGAAGCAGCUCUACACCUGAAAGACGUCCGCUUUGCUUCAACUGUAAAUGGCAUUAGCCUGAAGAAUAGUUACCAUUACGUUACUGUCUUAAUGAAAGGAGAAGUCGAUAUGAAUCAUGACUCUGAACCGAAAAAUCUGGAACCGGAAAAAAAUGAAAGUUGGGAAUGGGUAAAGUGGGACGAGUUUCCUCCAGCGGAUCAGCUGUUCUGGCCUUUACGUUGUUUGAAAGAGCAAGGCUAUGAUCCUUUUAAAGAAGAAUUAAGUCAUCUUGUGGGAUAUACAGGAAAUCACCUUUAUGUAACAAAAGAGAGUUAGACUUAUUCUGUGGUAUAGAGGUAUAAAUAAAAUGACCCUCCAGUGAUGUUGUGCAGUAUCUCUCAGCUGACAGCCAAAGGGGAGGAAUGCUGGGAGUUCAAGGUCAGCAGCAUCUGGAGGGUCAUGAUUCCAACCCCUGCUGUGGGAAGUGCUUCAUUUUCAUAGCAACUACUUUUAGUGAAAUAAAAAACUAUCUCUGUAAAUUAUU